AUGCAUCCCUUUGAAGGUUACGCAAAAUUAUGUGGGCAAGAUGUUGAAUAUUACUUACAAAAGCUAAAUGUCUCUCUCGGAAGAACACGGGUGCCUGAUCCACAAGUUAUAGAUCCUAAAUCUUUGGCAGAAGAACAGACAGUUGAUGCUAAUCAAAGUUUAAAUUCCACAUUAUCUACUACAGGUCAUUUACAACCUUCUAUUGAAACACUUCAAAGAGUGCUCUGGGAACAAGAUGUAGAUAUUCCUCUAGGUACCAACAAGAAUAUUUCACGUCUCCAUGCCAAAAUAAUUUAUAAUGCUAUAACAAAAUUCUUUGAAUUACACGUGAUAUCAAAGAAUGGUGUAAAAGUUAAUGGAAUUUACUAUCCUCCACAACCACACUCUCAACCAAUCCCACUUCAUAACGGUUAUGAAUUACAAUUAGGUGAUUGUUUCUUGACCUUUAUGCUUCCAAUUAAAAAGAUAACCCAAAGCGAAAUGUAUCAAAUGGUAAACCUGAAAAAGAGAGAUAUGCAAAAUGCAGAUAGAGCUGACAGAGACAAUUCUUCAACAAAUGAUCAAGAUAGACAAGGAAAUGAUAUGAUGAUGACUGACGAGAGUCACACAAGUACUAUGAAUGAUGAAGUUUCUGAUGCUCUUUCAAAAAACUUUCUUAGAGAAAUUGAACCAAUGGACGACCCCAAUGGAGAGUAUGGUUCUUUUUUUCUAAAUGAAGGAAAGAAGAAUAUUUUUUUUAGGAACCUCGGAAAUGGUCUAGCUGGGGGAACACCAAUUAGUAGUGAACAAGCAAAUGUACUUGCAAGAUCAUUGACAACAAGUAUUGGCCCUUCUCUCACUGCAGCAGUAACACAAACUUUAUCUGGAAUUUAUUUAGAAAAUCACUCUGAUUUUAUCAAAUCAUUUCUUUCUAAAUCAAAUGCACCAAGUCCUCAUACGGAAAUGGUUCUGGAGUAUCUUUACAACUCUCCUGAUAUUGAAAAUGCAGAAUCACCUGAGGCAGUUAGUAUGUUAGCGCGAUUAAUGACAGAUAUGGAUAAUAAUAUCGGAUCAAACUUUUCCAACAUGUCCAAGAAUACUAAAAAGCUGUUGCAUAUAGUACUGAAUGCUGCUUUGGCAACAGAACAACAAGAUAUCUUUUCAUCACGAGUUAAUCUUCCUUCAAUUGAUUCACAACCUCCACCAGCCAACAAUUUUACUGCAAUUACCUCAUCUUCACAACCUCUACAAAUGGCCACCACAACAUCAUCAUUAACUUCUCUAAUUCCUCCUCCAAUAUUAUCAUCCUCUCAACAACAACAAACACAAUUGACGGAUGUACCUCCAUCAUCGCAGAGUACAACACAAUUACCACCCGAUGAUGAUUUGGAUGCUUUGGACGAAUUUGAUGAAUUGAUGGCUUUCGUCAAUGCUCCUAUGGAUACAAAUUCUGAACAAUGGCGUUUAUUGAAUCAAAAUUCAAAUGUUCCACCAGUGACAACAACAACUUCCUCUAUUCCUCCUAAUGAUACAACAGUAAACAGUAGUGCUACUACAUCAAAUGUAACUGCACCAACUACUGAAAAGAAGAAAAAGACUACAAAAAAGAAGAAGGAUGAAAAGGAAACCACCACUAAAAAGAAGGAAACAAAGAAGAAGAAGGAUGAUAAAAAAGAGGACAAGAAGGAAGAUAAAAAGGAAGAAAAGAAAGAAGAAAAGGAAAAGAAGAAGAAAAAGAAGAAGGAGGAGCCAUCUACUCCAAAGGAUACUGUCAAACAAGAAGAGCCUGCUGUUUCCACACCAAAAGAUCCCAAUCUUAAGAAACCUGAUAUUUCAUAUUCUACAAUGAUUGCUCAUGCACUCAUGUCAGCAGCUAAUAACAUGAUGCCUCUCAAAUCAAUUUAUUCUUGGAUUUCCACAACUUAUCCAUUCUACGAUCUUGCAGAGACUGGUUGGAAGAGUAGUGUGAGACAUAAUUUGAGCACAAAUUCUAAAUAUUUCCGAAGAGUAUCACCUGAAGAAUGGAGACAAUUAACUGGAGAAGAGAAAAAGUCAAAAUCUAAAAAACAAGGCUCCUCAGAUAAGAAGAUGGCAUUCUCUGUCUAUGCACUUGUGACUGAGCAUUGUGAUGAAGUUUUGGGAACAAAGAAAGCCAAAUCAGACAAGAAGGCAUCCUCUUCUACUUCUUCUUUAACAACGCUUAGUAAUGCUACUACAGCACCAGUUAGUUCAUCAUCUACAUUACCUGCCAAUAGUACUCUUUCUUCUUCUACUAAUGCAACCACUGACCAAACAGCAAUAACCUCAGAAGUGAAAGAAGUUAAGGAAAAAGAAACCAAGAAGAAGAAAUCAUCCACCAGUAGUGCAACAAAGAAGAGAAGUAGAAAAAAGUCCGAAUCUACAGACUUGGAUUUAAAUGAUGGCUUGUUGAACUUUGAUGAAAUUGCACCAUCAAUGAGUUUGGAUAAACCAGAAAAGAAAAAGAAGAAGAAGACUUCUAAAAAAUCAGAAACUCCUACAGCUAGUACAACUCCAGCUGCUGAAUCUUCAACACCUGUGACUCAAACCAAUAACAACAAUAAUACCAAUGUAACUACUCCCCAAUUGUCACAUUCCAGUUCCAAUCAAAACUUCCAACACAGUACUCCAACUAAUCAAAUUUCUAUCACCCAAAAUAUUAUGCCAAAUACAUCUCAACCAUUGGCUCCAAAACAACCAUUCCCUUUGUCAAAUCAAAUUCCUAAUCAAAUUCCACCAAACCAAAUGCCAAAUCAAAUGCCAAACCAAAUGCCAAAUCAGAUGCCAAAUCAAAUACCUAAUCAAAUCCCUCGUCAAAGUACUAAUAACUUGUUGGAAAUGUUUGUUCAGAAUGGAAUGCUAAAUGCCCAAGAACCUUCUUUUCUUAAAAUUUUAUUGGAUGGAAAUGGAGAUUCAUCAGCCAACAAUCCAUUAUCAGCGCUCAUGGGUCAAGGAGGUCAGAAUAUGAAUCCAAACCAAGGACUCAAUACAGCACCACUUGGUAAUAUGGUUGAUUCACAGGGAAAGCAAAUUGACCUUAUUAAUUUACUUUCAAUGGUAACUGGAAUGCCUCAACAACAAAACAUGUCUCAAUCUGGUAUGUCUCAACCACCAAUGCACCAAAACUUUUUAGAUCCAAAUAACAGACUUGUUACACAAGGAAGACCUCCUAAUUGGCCACCUGGUGCAGGCUUACCAAAUCAACUUCAAGGAGGAAGGCCUUCUAUGGGAUCAGUUGUUGGUAUGCAAAAUCCUGGUCAAUUCCCUGUACAAAAUCCAAAUAUGAAUCCAUUAGGUCAUCCAGGAUUUAAUCAAUUCCCAUUUCCCAUGAUGAACUACUCUCAAACACUUCUCAACUUUGAUCCAUCAUCAAUACUGCAGCAACAAGGUAAUGGUGGUAUUCCUCCCAAUAAUAACAAUAAUAAAUACAACAAUAAUUCAGAUGAUGCUUCAAUCAGGAAGCAACUGUGGGAAGGUUCAAUACCAAGUGUAAUCAACAUUAAAUCUGAACACAUAACGUCUUUUCAACAGCCUUUCCCAUAUUUUACAAUGAUUCCUAGACAUUCAUAUUUAUCUUUACUGAUCGAUAAAGUCAAAUCGCAUUAUUCUGAAUUUUCAGGAUUUGAUAGUGAUCAAUUAUGGUUUAGUUUCAAUACUAUUGCUAUGCAAUGGCACGUACCAGCUGGAGUUUUAUAUGAUUUGAUGUAUAUCUUGGAUCCGAAUACACUUAAAUUACCUUGGUCAUUAACAGCAAAUUUUGGAGCUUUUCCAGCAGAUACUGUCAUUCGUUGUAGUAAUGAAGAGGAUGCUCAGUGGAAUUAUCUCAACAAUAUUAAAGAGUGCAUGUAUAUUCGUUUCAACUCUACAUCAGCCAUGAUGACUUUUAGUAAUGAGGAUCAAAAGGAAUUAUGGUCAGCUGUAAAGAGUCAAAACGAACAAGUAUUUUGCAAACUUUUCGAAAAGAUUAAACUUGGAGCUAAAAUUGCUUCCAUUGAUGAUAUGGUUUAUGCCAUUAGAAUUUACACACCACUCAAAAAGGAUUCUAAUAGCUCUGUAAAUUUAACAGAUGAUUCAAAGAAGAAGGAUGUAUUAAAAUAUAAGAAGAAUAUGAUAUGUUUAAAGAGAGACCAAGCUAAACAACUUGAUUUACAAACAUUCUUAAACAAUCAUGUUAUUCCUCAAUUAACCAAAGGUGGAUAUUUUGGAGAUUGUGAAACCAAGAUUGACCGAGUUGUCAUUCAAGGUGUCGAACCUUCCAAGGAAACUGAAAUGUUAUGGCUCUUUGAAAAUUGUGCUCAUCCAGAUGGUUUCUUAUACAUGUGUUGUAAAUAA